AUGGAAAGAGAAAACCAAACAGGAGGCAGAAACUUCCUCCUCCUGGGAUUCACAGAAGACGCUGACCUGCAGCCCUUCUUCUUUGGGUUGCUUCUUUCUAUGUACCUGGUCACCAUCACAGGCAACUUGCUCAUCAUCAUGGCCAUCAUAUCAGACCUCCGCUUGCACAGGCCCCUGUACUUCUUCCUCUCCAACCUGUCCUUGGCUGACAUCGGCUUUACUUCCACCACCAUCCCAAAGACUCUGCUGAAUAUCCACACACAAAGCAAACUCAUCCCCUUCCCAGGCUGCCUCACACAGAUAUUUUUUUUCAUUGUGUUUGGAUGCCUGGACAAUUUAAUCCUAACAGUGAUGGCCUAUGACCGCUUUGUGGCCAUCUGCCAUCCCCUUCACUACGUAGUCAUCAUGAAUUCUUGCUUCUGUGUGAUGCUGGCUCUUGGGUCCUGGUUGAUCAGUGUCAUGAGUUCCCUGUCUGAGACCUUGACUGUGUUAAGGCUAUCCUUCUGUACAAACAUGGAAAUCCCCCUCUUUUUCUGUGAUCUUCCUCAAGUCCUGAAGCUCGCCUGUUCUGACACCCUUGUCAAUACCAUUGUGAUAUAUUCUAUAACUAUAGUCAUAGCUGGUUUCCCUUUCUCUGGGAUUCUACUGUCUUAUUCUCGGAUUUUCUCCACCAUCCUAAGAAUUUCCUCAGCUAAGGGCAAAUACAAAGCCUUUUCCACCUGUGGGUCUCACCUUUUGGUGGUCCUUUUGUUCUACAGCAAUGGUCUUGGGGUCUACCUUAGCUCUGCAGCAACAUCUUCUUCUAGAAUGAGUAUAAUUGCCUCAUUGAUGUACACCGUGGUCACUCCCAUGCUGAACCCCUUCAUCUACAGCCUGAGGAACAAGGACAUGCAGAAGGCCUUGGGAAAGCUUCUCAGGAAAACGAUGCAGCUUGGUGAAGGGACCCCAGCAGGACCCCUAUAA